CAUUUAUAUCAGUGGUUGUGUGGCUUACAUAAGCCAAGCUCAAAACCCUCAUCUUACACAAGCCACGGGUUAUGUUAUCCGCAGCUUGUGUAAGAUGUGAACUGGUUUAAAUGUUACAGUACUGUUUAUGCGGUAAGUUGGCACAAGCCGCAGCUUAUAUAUUUUCCUUGAAUGAAUGGCUCUAUUGAAAGUUCUUUUUGCUUUUCAUUUACUAGAUGCAUCGAUGGCACAGGACAGCUCAAUUUUGGAUUUGCUGCAGAUGCAAUAGCUAACAAUGAUCACUUUCUCUCAUUAAGUUUAGGACCACAAUACAAUGGUAGCCUUGGUUUUCCUAUUGAUGGACAGGGGAUCUCCGUGGGACAUCCUAUUGACAUUCCCAAUUUUGGAGGAGAGCACAGAAGUGGAAACUUUCCUUUGACGCCACCAGAUUCAGAUGGACCUGAUUCACCAGAUGUAGACCAAGUGCUAUUGUGUGGCUUGCCAGGCACGCAUAAUGUAGUGUUAUCAUCUUCGCACUCUGGAGGAUUAUAUCUUCAGCAAGGGAUUCCUUUUAACAAUGCUGGAGAAUUCCAGUCACAGCUGUCCCUCAGCAGUGUCUCUGAACCCAGACGGAAGAGAAAGAGAGACUCUGAGUGCAGUGAAUCUUUAACAGCAAAUGGCAUGUCGUCUCUCAGGCUUAAUUCAUUGAAAUCAGAGCCAGAUGACUACUGUGUGGACGGUAGUGGCUCUGAUUGCCUGGAUUCUCCUGAUCCCUUUACCACGCCAGUGACGCCCGACCCAGAAAACUCAUACCAGUGCUUAAAAUGGUCCUCUUUCAAAACUGAAGAGUGUUGCAGCAUGUUUGACGAUGCCUCCCAAAAGCUACCUCCUCCUCAGUUCAGAGUGGAUGCUGACAAAGGCUUUAAUUACUCAUUUGCUGAUGAAGCAUUUGUUUGUCAAAAGAAGAAUCAUCUUCAGAUCACAGCCUACAUGAACCUGCAGUCUUCACAAUUGCCUAAAUAUGUCCAAGGAGAGCAAAAUGAAUUAAGACGCAUUGACAAGUUCUGUCUACACCUUUAUGGAAUAAAGAUGGAAUCUCAAGCCAGUCAAAUUGGUGUUGAACAGUCUCAAGCAGACAGAAGCAAGAGGCACUAUGAACCUCUGCAAUUUGACAUAACACCAAAAGAGCAAGCAAAGAUCACUGUGGGAAGACUGCAUUUUAGUGAGACUACAGCUAACAACAUGAGAAAAAAAGGAAAACCAAAUCCUGACCAGAGAUAUUUCCUGCUUGUUGUUGCUGUGUAUGCUCAUACAAAAAACAAGGAAUAUUUGGUGUGCGCCAAUGUGUCAGAAAGGAUCAUUGUCAGGGCAUCCAAUCCAGGCCAGUUUGAGAAUGACAUGGAAGCUGUCUGGUCAAGAGGGCAAACUUCAGACUCAGUGUUUCGAAUGGGUCGUGUUGGUAUCAAUACUGACAAGCCAGAGGAAGCACUGUCAGUCUACGGCAACCUUAAGGUGACUGGCCGGCUUGUUCAUCCAUCUGACAUCAGAAUAAAGGAAAGCAUUGAAGAGGUGGACACAAGUGAACAGCUUCGUAACGUGUCCAAAAUGAAGCUGUACAAAUACCGGUACAGUCGGGAGUACAUGGAGCAUGCGGGCUUAGAUACAAGUGAGUGUGAGGGGGAGGAUACGGGAGUGUUGGCGCAGGAAGUUAAAGAAGUCUUGCCAGAAGCUGUCAAGGAGUCGGAAGAUCUGGUUCUAGCUGAUGGAAAAACAAUAGAAAGAUUUUUAGUGGUCAAUAAGGAAAGAAUCUUCAUGGAAAACGUUGGUGCAGUCAAAGAGCUUUGUAAACUGACGGACAAUCUAGAAGUCAGAAUCGACGAGCUGGAAACAGUGAACCAGAAGCUGCAAAGAAGGCGAUGUGACACUGUUAGCACGUUCAGUAGCUUGAGCUUGUCACGCUGUAGCUCCUUCAGAGCAUCAAUAAACAGCAACAAACAAUCUCAAGAACGUCGAAAGAAAUGCCAUCAUCACCAUCACUGCCACCAUCAUCACCAUCACUGCGCAUGUAGACACCACGCUGUUGUGUAUGAAGAGCAAGGUUGGUGUUCGCCAAAGUUUAUGCAGUUCCUCAUCGUCACGCUUGUAUUUUUCAUGGUUGUUAGCAUUGCAGGAAUGGCGACCAUUUACAUCUUGCAAGACAAGGAUGAUGAAAGUUCUAAAAACAACAGUCAGGGACAUUCGGGAAUGGGCCUCGGGAUCGGCAAGAACGAUUCGAACCCACCCAGCCUGACAACAAACCAGCCUGCUAUCUCGGAUGUCCACUCAACCACCACCACUGUGAAACCACACAAAAGUACGACGUCUGUGUCGAGAUCAGAUCAUGUUUUCACGGACCUGCGAAGAAGCCAGAGCACUGGAACAACGCCGCCAGGCAUUGUAGCAAGACCGAAGACAACCUCAAAGGCAGUCGCAAAUCAAUCUUCGCCAACCUUGCAGUCAACCCCCAGAUUGUCUAAGCCCAGUGAAGCGACACCGGUGAGCGAGGGGAAAACAACGCCGCCCAAGAGUGGCCAGUGCUGCAAUCAGAAAAACAUGGAGUAUCCUUCCAAACUACUACAAGGAAAAGAGGUCUAUGAUGACAAGCCCAACAUAGCUGGCAGUUUGCCUAGCACCAACUUACAUGACCCUGAAAUUCGCAUCCUGGAGAACAACUACGUCAUCACGUACUGUAACAAAAGCUCUCAUAACUCAUCGCAUUAUAUUCCAUUCAGCGCUGACUUGCCAUUUCAACCCAUCACGCUCGAAAUCAACUCCACGGCAAGCUCGAUAGUGCUGCUGUGUUCUCACUCUUUUAAGCAUGAUUGUCCUGAGAGGAAGACGCAUCCACCUUAUGAUACUGCUCGGAAACAGGACUCGUGGAAAAAGUGUCACAGAUGGCAGCUUCCGGUGGCGUACUAUUAUCAGAGCACUUAUCACUUCCGACUGGUUCUCUCGCCAAAAAUCGGGAAUGUCACGUGUCACACACUCUCACAACCAAAUGGACCUCGAUUUCAAGACUUUUAUUUCCACUUUAUACGCAAGUGUAACACAUAGUUUAGAUUUAGUUCAUAGUUUUGCUGCUUCAGGGUAUUGCUUUUACUAUUUACAUAUUAUUUUAUAAACGCUGAGGUUUUAAGUUAAUCCUAGGUAUUUGUUAUUUUGGCUGGUUUGGGUUCGCUUCUCGUAUUAACUUCCUAACUCUAUAAGUCGGUCAUGUUUGGGCCCGUUUAGUGAACCAUUAUUUUCUAAGUCUAACGUAAGUCGUAUAAUUUUCAUUAACGAUUGAGGUUUUUAUGCUGCGCAAGGUGACUUUAACUUUUAGUUCUCUGGAUAAAGCCCUAGCGUGUGACCAAUCAAAUGAAAGGUAUGGAGCAGUACUUUCAUGUGGUACUGUUUAUCUUGUUUUUUAAUGACAUUUUCACUUUAAUUGUUUAUGACAUAUAAAAUGAACCCUGAGGAACGUAUUCUUUUGAUAACUUUACCCAGUUUAGAAUUAAUAGCGCACCAUUCUUGAUUACAUUUCGGUAAAUACUCUUUACUCGAGGAAAGACCCAGAACGAACUCCUCUGUAAGACAAAUAGAAAACAGAUAAAGAUGAUAUUUUUGGAUCGUCACGCGCUCUCUUAUCCUUGCGUGACUAUCAUUUGCGUGACCAUGUGGAUAUCACCUUGUGGAUACCAUGAAAGAGGCCAAUCACAUAUUCAAGUAUUUUAUACAUGAAGUGGUUUAAUCCUGGAUUUUUUUAUCUAUAGCACAUCAUAUUUUUCAUUCGUAUUACAAUAUAUCAUAAAAGUUUAGUUAGACAUUUUCGUAUUAAACUUAACGAAAUAGGAGCCGUUCUUAAAAUUAAACAAACUGACAAGUUUAAACUGACGGUUUUUCUUGCGGUCAAUCAAGCAAUUGUGUGACGUUAUCGGCAAGUGCCUAUAAUUUCAAUUCGCUGCUGUAGAUCAUUCGUACGAUGGCAAAGGACUGCCCUAGUGACAGCGGUUAAAGAUACCACAAUUCUAAAAACGGCCGUGCAUAUUUCUUUUGAUUUUUAAUGCAAGAAGCUCAGUUUCUCUCAUUCUAAUAUUGGUGUGAGAAGUCUUGACAAGUUAUGAUGUAGAAUAAUUGUUUUUUACUGAACUGGUCUCAGUUCGAUGUUUUAAAAUUCUGCUGUUGUUUAAUAUACUUGUCAAACUGUCGAUUAGAAUUUUCAGGCAUCGAAAGCGGACUAUUCAAUCACUGAUGCAUCACAAUUUUCAGCAAAAUUUCAUCUACGUAGCUCUUUUUAAUAAUUAAAUGAAAUCGACAGGCAAAUAUUCUGUGUACAUAUAUUGCCUCAGUGCAUCAGAAAAUUCGAUUUGAAUCUAGUAAUAUAGAAGAAUUGUACAGAACAAAUUUUACGAAUAAAUCACGAGUCGUUAAUUUUUAUACAA